CAAGAUGGCUCCUGUGAACGUCUCGGUCCCAUAACACGUCGAGGAUGCGAGUCGCUGGUGAAAAAAUAACUUUUUCCCGUGCGUCGCCUCGCCUGGACUUCACUUUGUAUGGUGCGGAGGAGGGCCUCAUAUCCGCCUAGGCACCGAGCAGCCGCCAGACCUCAUUCAAGCCACAAAUUUGGAGUAGUUUCGCGAAGUCGCUCGGCUCUUCUACGCUGUGUGUCCGGAGCGAGCUUCAGGCAGGCUGCUCGUCCAAAUGGCCGAACCGAGAAAAGUGCAGUUUGUCACCCUGUCGGCCUUUGCAGCCGGGGCAGCCGCCGACUCCAGGAGACGCCGGCUGGAGGACACGGCCGACUUCAACUUCGGCGGAGCCCCGGAGGUUGAGGCGGCGACGACCGUGGCAGGAGGAGGCGACGGCAGCGGCAGGGACGCGGCCGAGAGGAAGACGACGGUGCGGCUCCAGCUGUGUCUGUCCGAGCCCGACGACCUGUCCUUCGCCGAGUUUAAUUACAGCGAACUCGUGCACAACCUGCAGACCAAGAAUAAUUCUCCAACUUUGACUUCGGCCCAUAAUCCAAACGACCCCUUCGAUGAUGGGAAUGAGCAGCUACAGGAUGACGCCCUGGCAAAAAAGUUUGAAAAUAAAUAUGGCAACACGGCAAAGAAGCGGAGGAAGGACCGGCUGCAAGAUUUGAUUGAUAUCGGCUUUGGCUACGAUGAAACGGACCCCUUUAUUGACAAUUCAGAAGCUUAUGAUGAGCUGGUUCCCGCCUCUCUGACCACCAAGCUAGGAGGAUUUUACAUCAACACUGGGACGCUGCAGUUUAAAACGGCCUCUGACUCUGACGGAGAGGACGAUAUGAAGAUGACUGAUGGUGGGGAACAGGUGAUUAAAAAGAACAACAAGAAAGAGGGGAGUGAUUUGGAAGAGAAGAAUCAGAUGAAGAACGAAGUACCUAAACAAGGGGUGACAGCCCUCAGCCUCCAUCGGACAGAGAAGAGGAGGAGGAAGAAGAUGAUUACGGACUCACUCUCCCUGGCAGCCAUGCUCCACCGCUUCACACAGGAAAAGGAAAAGAUGCGGAAGAACAUCCCCUGCAUAGCUCACCCAGGCUUGGCAGGAGGGGAGAAUAACAACCCACAUUCUGCUAACUCUACAAACCUGUUGGCCUCCAACUUGGCCCACUCACACAGCAACGCAGGGACCAAUGACCACUCUUUAACAGACAUCACCUCUGACCCUGCAGUGAUGUCACUGCUGGGCUCAACCAGUGAGAAGGAGUUGCAGGAUCUUCUUGGUGACCUGGACUUCAGCUUGAUUGACACUGACCAGCAGCCUGCUAUGGUGACUGCUCGAGAGAACGGUGUUCUAGGAGUUGGCGUUCCAGCACACAAAGGAGGAACAGGAGGAGGCUCAGGACGAGGUCUUGGAACUUCCAGUGGACUUUAUUCUCCACCCACGCUGCCCAAUGGGCUGCCUACGUCUCUCACUAAACGUAUUGAGGACCUGCGGGAGGCCUCGCGGCAGUUUGAUCAAGAGGGCAGGAAGAAAUUUUUCACCCUGGACAUGAAUAACAUUCUCCUGGACAUUGAGCUGCAGGUCCAGGAGCAGUCUCCAGAGGUCCAAGCAGAAAUCUACUCUCACAUGGAGGCGUUUGUGCCGUGCAACAAAGAAGCGCUGCUCAAACGCCUAAAGAAGCUCAGUCUGAACAUUCAGAAGAGAUCAGAGAAUGAAUUCUUUAUUCCCAACAAACAGGAUGACAGACUGCGGACUCCACUGUUGAAGUUGAAGUUGGCGGUGUGCAGUGUGAUGCCGGAGCAGAUAGCCAGAUACACCAUAGACUGCAAAGCUAAAGCUGCUAAGCUGCAGUCAGAAGAGGGUGAUAAGAACGGCUCGGGGGAGGAGGAUGAUGAGAAACCUGGGAAAAGGGUUUUUGGUCCAAGGAAGAAAUUUUUCUGGGAUGAAAAGCUCAGGAAUCUGCUGUGUAGCUUGGUGCGAGUAAAGAUGAGCUGCUAUGAGAUGGAGAAGCAGUGCACUCUGUCUCUGGAAGACUACCUCAAGGCCUUCUUAGAGAACGAGGUCAAACCACUGUGGCCCAAAGGCUGGAUGCAGGCUCGGAUUCUAUUAAAGGAGAGUUUUGGUGUUCACGGUCACCUCACUGGAAGCCUAGUCAAAAGGAGAAUAGUACCUGGGCCCAAGGCCAGAGCUAAGGAGCGCCUGUGGAUCCAUAAACCAUCUCUCACUCUGACCUCCACCCAGCAGCCCCUCUCCUCCUCUCCCUCGGAACUCAUCUGUCUGUCAGACUCUUUGGACGAGGAUCUGACUGCUCCAUCUUUGGACUCCAUCGCCCACAUCCUGGCACUGCCCAGCAGCGUAUCCAAGAUCCUGGGCUCCUCAGACAGCCCUCUGUCUCCUCCCCCCCUGCAAAUUCCAACCUCUUCCCCUCCCCCUGUCACCCCUCAUUAUCCGUCAGUGUCUCACCUCUCUGCCUCGGGUUCCACAGCGCAGCAACAUUCCCUUUCUAAAACGGAGACUGCUCCAGCAGCGGCUGUGCCUGCUGGGAACUUGCCGGCAACAACAACAACAACACUACCAACCUCCUCCUCUACCUCCUCCACUGUUCUGUCCCCCACGGCACGCGUACAGGCAGCAGGACUCUCGCUGCCUUCAAGAACUGCAGAUGGUUCUUUUGGCCCAGUCAAAGGUUCUGGUUCCAUUGGCCAAACACAGACUCAGAAACAUGCUACCAUGGCAUCUCCCACUUACAGGGCUGGCUCAGUCAUAGGAGGGAGUGGAAAGCUCCACCCACACCCUUCCUCAUCACCCCCAAAGCAGUGGCCUCCUCCCACAGCCUCCUCUCAGCUGCCACCUCAUCAGAAAGGCUUUGCUAGUCCUGUUGUGUUGCUAGGAACUAUGGGAGCUUCACAAGGACUUGCCAAGGUCAAAGCUGGCAGCAGCAGUAGCAGCACAGUGAACAGCAGCACAGUGAGCAGCAGCAUCACUUCUGCUUCCUCCCCAACCUCCCAACCCCGUUCCACCUCUGCCUCCCAUCCUGGCCUGCAGUCCUUCUGCUCUCCAUCACCAGUGGCAUCAUCCUCAUCCCCUACCUCCCACUGCUCCCCCUCCCCUCAAGGAAAAAAUCACAGCCACCAUCACCACCAGCCCAACUUCAUCACCCCCAUGCAGGUCACGCUCACCAAAUCCUCCCACAGCAGCAACUCCUCUCCCAUCAUCAAACUCACCCCUCGGCCUCCUGCACCCGCACCGCCUCCCUCCUCCUCCCCGUCUUCUUCACCGGCACACCCGCUUUCCCAUCAGAUGCUAUCCAGCCCACAGCAACACCAGUUCUCCGCUAAAACUUCCAAAACCUUCCGGGCCCCCUUCAGUGUGUCAGGUGGAGUGCAGGGAAAGCAGAGUCAAGCCACGUUCACCGCUGCUCAGAAAACUCAGCCCACCGUUAGCAGCAGUAGCAUCAUCACCAACCAGGCAACAGUGGCGCAUGUCUGUACUCUGCCAGACAAAACUCCCCCAACAUCUGUGUCUUCACUCUCAGCCAAUCACGGGCAGAGGCAGCGGGUUGUAGGUGGGGCCACUCAGAGUUCGAAGACUAGAAAUGGAUGGGCGACUUCAGCAUCUUUGGGCUCAUCAUCCACAACGUCACACCACUCACAGGAAUCAGCUGGUGCACCUCUCCUCGCCAGCCCCACCACUCUGUCUCUCGGUUUCGGGAUGUUGGGAGGCCUCGUGCCUGUCUCGCUGCCUUUCCCAUUUCCCUCUCUGCUGAGUUUCAACCCUCCUGGCGCACCAGGGGCCCCGGCUCCUCCCACCUCCAACUCAGGAUUCCCACUAGCACAGAGUGACUUAAUGGAUCUGUAUAAGAGUCUCCAGUCGGGGUCACAGGCUGCUCUACCUCCGCACUUGCAGCUUGCUUUCUCAGAUGCAAACCAAAGCCAGAGUGGAGAGAUGAAGAGGAAAUCCCACUGACCAAUAAUGGCACAGCAAGCUGGGUGAUGUCAUCACCUCCUGGAGAACAUCCACAGAUGGAAUCUUCACUUUGAUGACUGACAUGGUGGCAUGGUAUUUUUCUUUAACGUCAUACAUGGACCUCAAGCAGAGACUGUUUAUUCUCACUGAAGUGUCAAUAAUGAAUCAAUUAAUUUACCUAAUUAGCAGGUAUGAGAACAAGAUGGUGAAUGAUGUUUAUUUUUGUUUUGUUGUCGACAUGUUUACAUGACUGACCUUGAUCACUGUGGAAUGAGUGUGAGGUACAGAGUUCUACGCUGUGCUAUACGAGUCAUAUUUAUGCUUUUGUAGAAUAACAGAACAUGCACACAAAAAAGGAUUUUUAUUUUUUUGUUUGUGGAAAUUGUCUGUUUGUUGGUCACCUCUGCUCCCACAGACAACUGUUAAAGUAGCAGCUGAGAUUAAUAUUUAUUUGUAAUUAAAACAGGGACAAAAAGUAUACUGUUGAAGCGGGUGAGGGACUUUUUCUUCUUCACUGAGUGUGCACAUUUAACAGCCCUCUUGCUCAGGUUGGUGCUGUUUCAUCACACUGGACCUUUUCUGGAAAAUAGACUUGAAGUGGGGGGGAAGUUUUGACUCCUCCUUAUGGGAGGAGCAGUUGUGAGGGCAGAAAAUGUCUGAUUGUAGCCUACUUGAAGUUAUUUAAGUUAUGAAUUAAGAAUUAUUUCCUCUGCUUAUGGACUCAAACUGACUUAAUAGAACACAACGCCUUAGUUUGUAUUGAAAGAAAAAAGAUCUAUGCAGGACUUCACGCUCAAUGCAAAAGUGUCACUCACCUCUGAACCUAAAGACCGCAGGUGUGAAUGUUUGUCGACCGUUUCCGUCGUAGGCAAACCUCCUCUCACCUCAAUUAGCAGAACCGCGCUUCCUGCGCAUGUGACUGACUGCCUGCACAGCCUCAGAUUGUUGGGUAGCUCGCUGAGAGAGCAUGAGCUGGUCAGCGCACGUGUCGGUAAUCCACGGGUGUCUGUGCGGUCUUUCAGGAUGUUAUUGUGAAGUCGUGACUGGAGCAGUGGGUGACAUCUAUAAUUGUGCUUCUGGGGGGUGUAAACAGAGAUAUAUUAACUUUGUGCUCAGUGGCAGAUUUUAUUUGGUCUUUUGUAGAUUAUUUUCUGUGUCAAUGAAAUAAAGAGAUGGUUUUCAUUAUGACUC